GGUUCACCCGCUAAAAGCACCGACAACAAACUUCAAAUGUCAAAACAAAUCCAAGAAGACUACCGGCUCGCUUAUAGUUCGUUCUAGAAAUUUACCGAGUUUUGAAAGAAAAUCAAGGCAGACAGCUCAAAAAAUGGCAUCAACACGAAGCAGACGUGCCAAUGCAGGGAAUAAAAUAGCAAAAUUGCUAGACGAAGAGGAGGAAGAUGAUUUUUAUAAGACUUCGUACGGAGGAUUUCAAGAAGUGGACGACGAUGUCGACUAUGUGCAAAAGGACGAGGAAGAGGACAUCGUCGAUUCGGACUUCAGUAUAGACGAAGAUGAUGAGCCUAUAUCCGAAAAUGAGGAGGAGCAACCGAAACGCGCCAAGAAACCCACUCGAGGUUAUAAGGAUCCGAAAGCAAAGAAACCAGCCGCCAAAACAACUGCUCCGGCGAUUGCGAAAGCACAGGCUAAAGUCGAGAAAAAAGUGAAGAGAAAACCGAAACCGCGAUUCACCGUCAUUGAUACUGGUCGUAAGUCGAUUCGAGCUUCCACAGCGUUGAAAUCAGCCGCUACCAGGCACCGUCUUAAAGAGCUAAAUGAGGCUCGGAAGAAGAAGAAAAAGCUGCCAAAAGCCGAAGAAUAUAUUCCUACUCAGGAGGAGCUGCUUGAGGAAGCGGCUAUUACGGAAGAGGAGAACAUCAAAUCACUUGAAAAAUUCCAAAAGUUAGAGCUAGAAAAGAAAAAAACCCGUCCAACAAAACGAGUAUUCACAGGACCGAUUAUCAGAUACCAUUCGAUGGCAAUGCCGAUUGUCGAUAAACCUCAAGAGAAGCCAUCUAACGGUCCUGAAACAUCUAGUGACAUUAAAAUGGAAGUCGAUGACGAUCAUUCAAAAGCACAAACAUCAUCAAAUCUCCCCAAAAAUCCAACCGAGUUGUGUGAGCGGACUUUCAUUACCUUUGAAAAUGACAUAGACGACAAAGUAUUUAAUUCCGUUUUCAAACCGAAACGAAUAAGUCCGAAGAGGAGCACGGUUUGUGCUCUAACUGGUCUUCCUGCAAGAUAUUUCGAUCCUGUCACAAAGUUGCCAUACAGAAGUAUACAAGCGUUCAAGAUUCUUCGAGAAGCAUAUUAUAUGCAGCUUGAGGAGAAGGGCAACCCAAACAACCCAGAAGUGGCCAAGUGGCUCGAAUGGCGGGAAAUGGUUAAAGAGAACCGGCUCAAACUUAAGAAUAGCAACUCGAAUGCGUAAGUUUUAGAAUAAGAUGGAUGAAAGUGAUGUAAAUAAUUUGGAAUAAAAAUAGUGAUUUCAUAAGA